AUGAGCGCGAAGGGCGUAGCUGGUGGCCGUAAGAAAGCGGCAAAGGCUGUUACAAAGUCUGCAAAAGCUGGUUUACAAUUCCCUGUAGGCCGUGUUGGAAGGUAUCUUAAGAACGGAAGAUACGCAAAGCGUGUUGGUGCAGGAGCACCAGUAUACUUGGCUGCCGUUCUCGAGUACCUUGUUGCUGAAGUCUUAGAGUUGGCAGGAAAUGCCGCUCGCGACAACAAGAAAUCAAGGAUUGUUCCACGUCACCUCCAACUCGCUGUUAGAAACGACGAGGAACUCUCCAAGUUCCUUGGAGGCACCACCAUAGCCUCAGGCGGUGUCAUGCCAAAUGUUCAGGCUGUAUUAUUGCCUAAGAAGCACAAGAAAGAUAGGGAUUAA